AUGCCCACCCGCCGCAUCGCCCAAAUCGUCUACCUCAAGCCCUCCGCCAUCGCCGCAUACAAAGAAUGUCACGCGAACGUAUGGCCCGAAGUCCUACAGCAGAUCAAGGAGUGUAAUAUUCGCGAUUACUCAAUCUUCUUCGAUAAUGAGCGGACGCUGUUCGCAACGUUUAAAUAUGUCGGGGAGGACUUUGACGGGGAUAUGCAGCGGAUGAAGGCCAAUCCGAAGGUGAGGGAGUGGUGGGGUUUGACGGAUGGGAUGCAGGAAAGCCCUAUCCCUGGUGCUGUCGGAAGUGCUGAAGGUCCUGGGUGGUGGAAGGUGCUGGAUGAGGUGUUUUAUACUGAAUAA